ACUUAAAGCUCCUUGCAGCCUCUGCAGUGGUGUACAGCUUUGUCUUGAGACCUCACCCCAAAUGGGUUGUGCCCCACGACUGCAAAAAUAUCCCCACCUCUGCAGCGAGAAACCGCGCCCUCAGCAGCUCACAGACGCCACUGAUGCAUCGGAGUUCGGCAUCGAUUCACCUCGCAUGCGCGCCCGUCGGGCUCUGGGGGGCGGGGACAGCGCGUCACGGAGGCGGGCGGGAUGGGGCGGGGCUGCGCGGCCCCAGCGGGGCGGGGGCGGAGCGGAGGAGGCUCCGCCGCGGGGGGAAGGGCCGAGGCGGAGGCAGCGGCGGCUCCGGCGGAGCGGGUGGGGGAAGGGCGAGCGGCGGAGCUUCGGCGGCGGCAGGGAUGGAGCACCAUCAGCCCGCCAGCCGCUACCAAGUGCUUCACAACGAGGAUGACCCUUCAGAAUCUUCAGUGGCUGAGCAGCCUUCUACUUCUACAGAGACGUCACAGACUCCUCAGACAGCAGCCUUAUCUGAAGCAGAUACCUCCCCACCACCUUACUGUAGCAUAGGCGUAGAAGCAGCUGCAACCUCAGAAACACACAAUGAAUUUUAUCCUGUACCACCUCCAUACAGUGUAGCUACCUCUCUUCCUACUUACGAUGAAGCAGAGAAGGCCAAAGCUGCAGCAAUGGCAGCUGCUGCAGCAGAAGUUGUCCAGCGUCACGCCCAGUUUAGGGAGUCUAGGAGUCUGUUUGAUGAAAUAUUCCACAGUCGUCCCGAGGAAGAAGAGUAUCCACCACGGGAUGAUUUCAGUGAUGCAGAUCAGCUUAGAGUGGGCAAUGAUGGCAUCUUCAUGUUGGCAUUUUUCAUGGCAUUUAUUUUCAACUGGAUUGGAUUUUGUUUAUCCUUCUGUAUAACCAAUACCAUAGCUGGAAGGUAUGGUGCAAUCUGUGGAUUUGGUCUCUCUCUGAUCAAAUGGAUUCUCAUUGUACGGUUUUCAGAUUACUUUACUGGAUAUUUCAAUGGACAGUACUGGCUUUGGUGGAUAUUUCUGGUACUUGGACUCCUCCUGUUCUUUCGAGGCUUUGUCAAUUAUCUUAAAGUCAGAAACAUGUCUGAAAGCAUGGCAGCUGCUCACAGAACAAGAUUCUUUUUCUUGUAUUAAAGACUGCAUCAAACAGACAUUCCUUUCUUGUACCAGUGUGAAAUUUCCAGAUGAUCCCUAAGCCUGCAAGUUAAUAGGAUAGAAGACUACUAAAAACAGAAGACAAAUUAGUGAAGAUACAGCUUCAAAAUUGAAUGACAGGAUGGCUUAUACUCAAGUGCCAGUUGUAGUCAUUCUAAUAAAUAUUUAUAAUUGCUGCCUUUUGUUUCAGCACAUUUGCAUAUGUGCUUACUAAAAAAACAAUAGUGCUGAAGUAAGAACAAACCAUCUAUUAGUAUAGGUUAGGUACAGUCAGACUUGGUUAAUCUGUGCUUGUUUUACCUGACACGUGUAAGUGGUAACUUGUUUCACAAAAUGUACGUACCACUGACUUGUUGAUCUGAAGUUUGAGUAAAAUGAAAUGCAUUAAAUGAUUUAGAUUAACCAGUUCAGACAAUUUUUUCUAUAAUUUAGAUUCAUCUAAUGAUUAUGUAGAACAAUUUUACUGUUUACUAAAACUCAGAAUUUCCUUGGUGUCACAAACUUGCAUUCAUCAAUAUUUUAUCAAAUUCACACCAGUAUACUGGUUUACUUAGGGAUGAUACCCCACGUUGAGUCCCCUGUAAAUAAUUCUGCUUAGAUUACUAUUUAAAUUGCUUCUUAGGAACUGUGUCAAAAUAUAUUUUGUAACAGUAUAUUCUCCAAAUUGUUUAAUCUUCAUAAGAGCAAUAUGCAGUUUUUUUUGUUAAUUUGACUAUUUGGGUAUAAUUACUAUUAGAUGUAAUUUUUGAGGAAAAGGCACUGAAUUGGUUAUUAUCACAGCUUUCCUCACAUGGAUUUUAGCAGGAAAGAGCUUGAGUCUGAAAGCCCUUAUUCUUAUGUAUGUAAGAAUGAUCCCAUUACUUAAUGGAGCUCAUGUUAGCAGGGAUGGAUAGCCUUGCACCUGUAGUCCUGGAUUAUGCCGUUGGGUCCUUGUGUGUGCACCUUUGUUCCUGAAACAGUGUAUUGCAAAUGUAUUCCCUGAUUUAUAACACUGACUCUGUUUAAAAAGUCUUGAGUUUGAUAUAAACUCAACAUCUAUUUAGAAUAUGCUCACGAAAAAGAGGAAAAAAAUUCUCUGUCAUUUCGUAAGAAUAAACUAAAUGCAAGAUAA